UUUCCAGCAGAUGUCAAAAGCGAAAUUAGAAAUAUGGCGACGCCAGAUAUGUCUAUCGACGACCAAAUCGAAGAGAGAAUUUUCCUCUAUAAGGAAUUAAUCGUGGAAUGUGUUAUUGCCUCUGAGAUACUGGGACUAUUAGAUUUUAUAGACAGAGCUAAAAGACAAGAAUUAAGAUUACUACAAAAGGAAAAAGGAAGUAUCAUAGCAAUGGGACGACUUUUGGAUGUCAUCAAGGAAUCACAGGAAAAGAACAAGUGGUCCCAGUUUGCUGACAGCCUGUGUGCGGCAGAUUAUGAGUAUUUAGAGAAAACUUUGAGAGGACAUGAGGAAGACAGCUUUGCCAUUUCCAACUCAACGCAUCACAGGAAAGUGAUAGAAUUAAUGGGCCCGAAAAUCCAGAAGAAACUUGACCCCGUUAACUUAAUGCAAAGUUUGCAUUGCUAUGGGGUCCUCAAUAAGCAAGACAUGGAAGAGAUUGCAGCUGAGCGAUACAGUCGCGGGAAUAUUGCAGCAUCAAUCGUUCUUCUUGACCGGAUCCCAAGAAGACAUAAAGACUGGUAUUUUCAUUUCCUGCAGGCAAUUCAUGAGGCUGAGGAAGGCAAGCAAGAUGACUUAAUCAACUCACUGGAUUCCCUUUUCCUGGAAAAGUAUGAAGCAAAGAAAAGAGAUGAUCCAAAGAUACAGAAAUAUAAACCUGUCCACAACAGCCUAUCACUGUCGACAGAUCAGGAUACCAUGGAAAACUUCGCAUCAGGAUAUGGUUCAGCUUUCACUAGUGAGAACUAUGCACCACCUCCCCCAAACAGUCUUCCAUACAACAGGGAACUCUCUGAUAAACCCUCAAUCGUGAAGUUUUCUGGCUCUUCCUCUAUGAGCAGUGAUUUGUCCGCCCAGGAACAUUUGCUGUCAGACAUUUUGAACAGUCGCAUCAAUGAUGAAGAGCAGGAAGAGGAGACAUCUGUGAAGCAAAUCUCAGCCAAUCUCCACAGCAACCAUUCCCAAAGGAGUGGUCCAAUGUCUAGAUUACUCGCAGGCUUGGACUUUUCAAACAUUCAGGUUCCUCAUAAACAGGUAUCUCCAUCAUCUUCAUAUUCUCACAGGAGUUCAAUGUCACCACUAUCUCAUAAAACCUCGUCAUCAGCACCUACCUGUGGUCAGGACAGAAUACUACCCAACACAAGAAACAUAAGAGGAGCAGACCUGGAGAAUCAACUGAACGAGACCAAUGAGAACACGGAGAAAGCUCUUGGUCUGAAGGAGGUCAUGAAUAUAGCUACGAACACAGAUGAGGCUGAGUCUUACAUAAAUAACUGUGAUAGCCAAAUGGACCGGGAGACAGAUAACUCUGUCCCACGAGAGGGAUUGAAGUUGCGUAACUACCAGAUGGAGCUAGCACAGUCGGGAUUAAAGGGCCACAACUGUAUCAUAGUGGCUCCUACAGGAAGUGGCAAGACACAUGUCGCUCUCAAGAUCAUUGAGGAACAUUUCAAGAGGAUGAGAGGAAGGAGGAACCCUAAGGUUGUGUUCCUUGUAGAGCAGAGUGCAUUGGCAGAGCAGCAGGGUCAACAAUGUCGCCAGUAUCUCAGUCAGGAAGUCAAGGUCAUCACUGGAGAGACACAGAGGACAGAAAAUUUUCAGGAAUUGUUGCAAUGGAUUCACAAGAGAGAUAUUCUAGUGGUAACUGCUCAGUUGCUGGUCAACGCUCUGCUAGCGAAGGAUGUGAAUAUCACACAGUUCUCCCUACUCGUGUUUGAUGAGUGUCACCACUCCAACCUAAAACACUCCUUCAACAGGAUCAUGCAUCAUUACAUUGAUCUCAAGCUAGAUGAUGUCACAGAUAAAAAAACCUUACCUCAGGUGGUAGGUUUGACGGCCUCUGUGGGCGUGGGCAAGGCAAAGAAGAAGGAAGAUGCUAUUACCUGGAUAGAAAAGAUCAUGGCACACCUUGAUGCACAUGAGCUCUGCACAGUCCAGCAGAACACCUCCAAACUUCGUGAAUAUGUCAGCCUACCAGAACAAAGUACAGAGAUGGUUCAAGGACGAACAAGUAAUGUGUUUGGUAAAGCAAUCAACAACCUGAUGGCCAAAAUAGAACAGUAUAUGCAAGCCUCCAAACAUGCGGUAACUGUACCAGAUGUGCAGGCUACACUCCGUGUACCGGCCGGUCGAGGAACAGACCCCUACACACAGUGGCUAAGUCGUUUGUGGAAGGAGACGGCCAAAGUGUAUGACCAGGCAGCUCGUCGAUUCUUUACCACCUGUAGGAAUUACCUAGACCUUUACAAUAAGAGCCUGAUCAUCUACCAGGAUGCUCGAGUCAAAGAUGCCCUCGACUUUCUCGAUGCCAGUAUUCGAGGUAUCAAUGAACGGAUCAUUAAAGACGACACAGACAGGAAGAUGGAGCAAAUCUAUGAUGGUAGCAGGACUCUGCUAGAGAACUGUUUGUACAAUGCUGAACAAGUAAAUCCAAAACUGAUCAAGCUAAAAGAGAUGCUGGUAGAGGCAUAUCAGAAAAAAGGGGACUCUAGAGGAAUAAUCUUCGUGAAAACACGUGACCUUGUCAAGGCCAUUGAGUCGUGGAUGAAGGAUGACAAAGAUUUGAAGAAGUUAAAUCCCGUCAAGUUUGUUGGAGCGCAAGCAUCCAUUGAGAAGGGAGGUAUGACAAAGAAUGAGCAGGUGGAUGUCCUUCAGUAUUUCCGUGACGGUCAACACAAGGUCAUCAUCGCAACCUCCGUAGCAGAGGAGGGACUGGACAUACAGAAGUGUAACCUGGUCAUCAGAUAUGAUUACGUCACCAAUGAAAUAGCCAUGGUCCAGUCAAGAGGUAGAGGCAGAGCUGAGGACAGCAAGUAUGUGCUCUUGGCCGCUGAGGGAGGAAGGGCUGCCCAGAAAGAGGAGAUCAAUCUCAUGAGGGAGGCCAUGAUGCAAAAUGCGAUUGAAAAACUCCAAGAACGCAUACAGUUUAACAGAGAAGGAUUUCAGCGAAGAGUUUUAAAGAUACAAAUGGAAGAAAAGCUUGCACGUGACAUGGAAGCCACCAAGGGCCACAAGGGAGCCAUAGAGGAGGGUCAGUUUGAACUUCGGUGUGGAAAGUGUCAGGAUUACAUCUGUAUGUCGUCUGAUGUCAAAACAAUAAUGUCUGCUCACCACGCUGUGCUUUGUGAUGACAUCACUGACCGUGUGGCUGCAAAGAGGCUCAACAGGGUCCAGUACAGUGACCAAAAGUUACAGUCAGGUGUCGGCAAAAUUACAUGUCGCAAGUGUGGUUCUGACCUCGGCAAUGUCAGCAUCUUCAACGGCAUCCAGUUCCCCAUCAUCAAGAUUUCCAGCUUCAGUAUUGUGGAUGCAUAUGGGAUGGCUGACAGCAAGAAGAAAUGGAAGCAGGUACCCUUCCGUGUGUCUGAACUAUCCACCGAGGAUCUGCACGCAUUGCUUAGAAGGGGAAAUCGGAUUAAUCUUCUCCCUUAAUUAAAUCACAGUUAAACAGUUCUUGUCUGCCUGGAAAAGAGCAUCCUAGGACAAGGAUGCUAUCAGUUAAGUUUCUACUCCAGAUAUGAAAUGGUCUAGGAAGUAUUGAUACUAUCACGACGAAAAUGACAGUGACCAGGUCUGUUCAAAUGAAUGACCUUGACCCAAAUAUUUUGAACAAUGUCUUCAGUUUUGUAAAGACCAAUAACCAUUAUGUAGUAAUGAUACUAUCUGUAGCUUGUUAAGGUGUGAAAAAUAACAUACAGAAACUUUAUAAAAAUGGCUUCAUCUGUUAUUGUGCUGUAGUUUGAUUGGACAAAGGGUCAUCAAGUUGUCCUUGAAGUACUCUUGAAGUAGUAACCAGGAGACUGAUGGUAAUGAUAUCCAACAUGAAGCAUGCUGGGGUGACGGUGGGCUAAAGUAAAUAACAUUGACCCACUUUCAAGUACAAAUGUGUAAAACCUCAGUAAAUGACUUAUUCUACAUAGACAAGAUACCUUAAUGGUCAUGAUAUUUGGCCUGUUGCAUGCUAGUGUGAAUUAAAUGACUAUCAAAUCUGCUCAAAAGGACCUUAAUCUUUCAAGGUUAUAUGGGUCAAAGUGUUAAGAUAUUUACACAACUUGAUCCAAGGCUUAGGGUCAUGAUGUUGGAUCUUUAGCAUGCUUGGACAACGGGCCAUCAAGUUUGCUCAAAUGACGGCAUGAACAUCAAAAAGCUAGCUGUUGCAUGCUCAUAUGGGUUUAUGAAAAUUUGUGAAAUGUUUAACACAUAUGUUUGUAAUGCAUGCUGGAGUAAAAUGGCUCAUCAUUUUAGCUUGGUGGUAAGGCCAACAAGCUAUAGCUGGCAUGAAGAAGUUUUUGUUUUCAGAAAGAGUUUCAGGAAAUCUAGAUAUAGUUUUGUUACGUGUUCGUGUGGGAUGGUUUGUUAUUGACAAAUUGUAUCCAGUGCUAUUUUGAUGUGAUUUAAUUGGAAGCAAAAGGUAUUUUUAAUUAAUUUUAAAGCUUCUCUAUAGAGUAUUAUAUAAUAUAUGCAGUGGAUUUCACUUAAUAUCACAUUUCAGUUAAUACCAUCUUAUCCUAUCACUCCAUUUGUCUUUCUAUAUAUAUAUUAUGUAUCUACUUUAAGGAUUGUUUUAUAUUAUGUGAAGCGACAUGAACUCUUCUUUUUAACUGCAUGUUUUAAUGCCAGUUGUCCAUUAAAACACCUGUAAAAAUCACCUGUAGACCUACAGGCUACAAAAACAACGGUAACUUUUCUGGUUAAGUUCCCUCAGAUGCCUUUGCACACUAUCACAUCAAACAUGGAAAGCUGCAAUGAAGGUGGUGGUGGGUGUUUAUAUAUAUAGUUCAUCUUAGAAAAUAAAACACCAAAAGCUUUCAUCAAGCUAAAGACCCUUGUUCCUGCUUGAAGCCAUAAGUGUCACUUUGUAGUUCAAAGGAAUGUCCUUGAACUCUUUCAAGGUCAACCGAAUCAAUUGUGUAAAACUCUGUAGAUAACUUAAUUGACUGGUCUGAAGGAGAGAAGGUCAGUGAGUGACUGAUGUGAGCUAGUAUGCCACAUGUUUGUCCUCUUUCCAUCUUUCAUCAACUUUUCCUUCAAAACUCAAAAGUGACCAAAUUUAGUGAAGAAUAUCUUUGAGCACAAAAAGGAAUUCAUUGUAGAAAAAUUUCCCUUCUCUAAACAAUCUUAAUUCUUUUGUCCGAAGUUUAAAUAGUUUCACAGAAAUGGUUGAAAAUUAGCUGUUUGAUGGAGCACAAAAGUAGCAGUCGACUGUCCUGGUCUACAUUAUGUCCAUAAUGUGCCCAUCCUAGCUUCUCUUAGUAAAAAUCACAACUUCCUACCCAGAGUAAGUACUUUAAAUGAUAUGUGAGACUGGAAAGGGUUUGUGUGUUCAUUUUGUGAUAUAACUAGAAAAUCCAGAAGUGGGCAUGUUAUGAACAUUAUAUAUAUAUAUAUAUAUAUUAUAUAUAUAAAUAUAGAUACCUCUGUAAAUAUUGAUCUUAUUGUGUCUUGACUUUAUUUCAGUCCAGAGUAUAUUUUCUUUACAGGUGUUGAUAUUUCCAAGGCUGUGAUUAUGCAGUGUUCUUCCCAGGCUGUUUUUGCAGCAUAGAACCAUGCUCCUAUAAUUUCUUGCCAUGCUGCUAUCCUAGAUCUUCUCUGUUAUAUAUUCAUAGUAAAUCUAAAGUUACCAUGCUGCUUUGAUUUUACAUAGAGUGCUGCUUUAACAGAAAUAUUGAAAUACCAUGCUUCUUUAAAACAUUCUGGGGAGAACACUGGAUUAUGAUUGUAAGUUCAGUACAUAUAAAAGGAAAUUGAAUUAUUUAUUUCACUCAUCUAUUGCGCAAAUUAUAAUGGAUUAUUAGCUCACCCGGUCCGAAGGUCCAAGGUGAGCUUAUGCCAUACCGUGGCGUCCGUCGUCUGUCCGUACGUUCUUUAAACGACUUCUCCUUCUUAACCACUGAUAAGGAUUUAACUGAAUCUAACUGGAAGCAUCCCUAGGUGGUGGGGAUUCAAAAUUGUACAAAUAGUUGGGCUGUCCUUGCAGGAGCUGAGA